AUGGCCCACUACUGGCGGCUUCUAGGGAUUUUACUAGCCUCUCUUCCUAUGGGAUCCGUCCACAUCAAUGCCGUCCCCUUGGACUAUUCCGGUGAAGAGAGGGACCAUGACUCAUUGGAUAGCCCAGUUGCCCAAACCUCUCUACUUCACGAUACAAUCAGUAUCAGUCUGAAGGAUCAGAAGUUGUACUUUUCGGUACGACAGAAAGAUUGGCAGAAGGUGGAAAAUAUGGAUUGGCAAAAGGUGGAGAAUUUCGACUGGCCUAGGGAGGAGUACAUUGAUCGACUAGAGGUGGAUAAGAUGGAUCUCAAGUACCACCCAAGCACCACAACAACGACAAGGGUGAGGGUGGUAACCGUAGUAGUUCCCCCACCGGAGGAUCACUCGGUUCUACCAACAACACAACCCGAAAUCACAAGCGAAGUACCUAGUGUUGAUGGUAUAAAAAUAGUUGAGAACACUUGGGUACCUACAAAAACACCGACAGUUGGCAGCACAAUUGUAGAUGACAAAUUAUUCGUACCGUGGGGCACAAAAAAGCAAACCUCCACUUCAACUUUGGUGACUCGAACUUCUAUCCUCUAUGUUAUAUGCUUCAUCAUGGCUGUUUCUGUUCUCUACGUCAUCGGCUAUGGCCUCUACACUGCCUUUACAAGGUGCAAAUCCUGGUUUACGUCUUGUUUUAGGGCGAAUCUUGAUGAACUUUCCCCCGUACGGCUGGAAGAGAGUGCCGGCGUUAGUUGGACCGAUGGGAGUAAUCUAAGUUCCCCCCAACCGGGUGUCCAAGAACUGGAGGAGCGGGGAGAGUCUUGGGCAGAAACUAGGGUCGAUACGAAUAGGUUAGGUAUUGUAGAGGCUUCCGGCACUGCGGCGAUGUUGGCAUCGGCUACGGGAACAAUUAGGAGACAUAAUAUAAGGAGUACUAGUCGAGGGGACGAGGUCCUCCAUGAGAAGGAAUAA